AUGGCUUAUCGAAGCAGUCGUCGAAUAGAACGACAAUCAAAAAUGACAUUAACUAGAUACACAGGUUCAUCUAUUGGUAAUAGUUAUAAACAACUGCCAAAAUUAUCAUUUACUGAUAAUAUUCAACAGAUAUUUACAAGACUUCAUGCUCAAAAACAGAUGCAAAGCAAUAAUACUAGCAUGUUAGGCGAUCUAAUAAUAGAUGAACUAUUAAAGUUAUAUCGUGAAAAUCCGGAGCAAAUGUUAUUCGCGGAAUUACCUUUCAUUUGUAAUCGUGGUAUUCCAAUCAAAGAUAACCACGGACAAACACGAUGUCUUUGUUCGCCAAGUUAUUAUGGUGAUUAUUGUGAAUUUCAUGCUGAUCGUAUAUCUAUCGUCACACAUCUCAAUUUAACGAAGUAUAAUGGAAAUUAUACAAUCGUCAAUACUCAAAAUUCUACAGUUUUAGUUUCUUGUACAUUUCGUUAUGCAGAACGUAUAGUUGAUCGACAUGAAUUCUAUGUUCAAUCAAAUACCAGAACAACUAAACAAAAAUUCUAUUUUAGUUAUCCACGUACCGCAGAAUUUCAGAAGCAGAAGCGUUUACAACGUCAUGGUACCCAGUUGUAUAGUAUUCGAUUCGAAGCGUUUUAUCUUCAAUCAGUACACCAUCCCGUUCUGUUAGCAAUGUGGCAAUUUUCAAUAGACUUCGAUUUUUUACCAGCUUUUCGAUUUGGUAAAGUUCUUCAUUUUAAUACGAAAAAUCAAAAUUAUUCUUGUGAUUUAAUUUGUGGUCCGUAUGGAAAAUGUAUUCGUCUAGAAAAUGAAAUAAAAAAUAUGAUUUGUACCUGUCAAAGUGGAUGGUAUGGAGAUCGAUGUGAACUACAUGAUGAACAAUGUAAGAAGUUUUGCCAUCCUCAAGCACUCUGUCGACCUCAAGAGCGUGGCUUUAUCAAUGGUGAUCGACGACCAGCCUGUCUUUGUCCUCAUCGAUGGUUUGGUCCUACAUGUCAUUUAACUUAUCCUGAAUGCAAACAAUGUCAGAAUGGUGGCAUAUGUUAUUUUACUUACGAUCGAUCGCAUACACAACCAUUCGAAUGUAUAUGUACCAAUGAUUUUUAUGGAGAAUAUUGUCAGUUUCCGAAGCGUGCUGUUCUUCUGCGAAUUGACAAGUCGUCAUCUUCUUCUUAUUCUACAAAUAUUCUAGCAACUAGCAUACAAUACUAUGAUGUCUCAAGUGAUCUAACUGAUUUAUAUCUACGUAAACAACAGAUUUUCCGUGGUCGACCUUCUGAAACUCAGAUGGGUUAUGAGCAAGACAAUGCUCCCUCAGUUAUUCUUAUCAAAUCAUACAAUAAACAUUGCGAACUACAAGGUCCACUAUUCCAUCUUGUUUACAGUCAGCACGAUGUAAGUGCGUCUAUUAAUAUGACGGUACAUCUAACGAAUGAAAAUGAAUGUGUUCAUAGUCAUACACUUUUUGAUCCUAAAAUCAUUCAAAGUACAGAUGCAAACAUAUUAGUUUUUAAAUAUCAUGAACCAUGCCAACGUCAUUCACAGAAUCGUUCAUCCGAAGUCUGCUUUCGAGAUGAAAAUUAUUUUUGUUUAUGUAACACGACGAUACACCACAGCCAAUGUCUUCGUUUUGACCCUUAUAGCGACAAAUGUCAACAUUGUCUUUCAGGAGGUCAAUGCAUUCGUGGAAGCCUUCAACAAGAACAUGACUUUCUUUGUCUCUGUCCGAGAUGUACAUAUGGUAGUAUAUGUCAAUAUUCAAUUCAAUUAAUGAGUUUCACACUUGAUUCACUCAUUAUUAAAGAUAUACAAGCUCAACAAAAACUUUCGAUGGUGAUCUAUAUUUUGAUUACUUUCUUGGUUUUUCUAAUGGGCAUCUUUAGUAAUAUCUGCAGUUUACUUGUAUUUUUUCGGAAGACUCCACGUCAAAUUAAUGUAGGCUAUUAUUUACUGCUCGUCUCAGUUCUAAAUAUUAUUUCACUAACACUUCUCUUUGCUAAAAUAAUCCAUACUCUUCUUGGAACCGCCGGUUGGCUUACGAAUAAUACAAUCAAUUUAAUCAUAUGUAAAUUUUUAUCAUCAUUUCUCUCAAUAUCAGUUCGUGUUAACUACUGGUUAACUAGUCUCGUUGCUAUCGUUCGACUCUCUAUGGUACUAUUUCCAACCAAAAUAUCAAUAAAAAAACCACAUAUAGCACAUAUUUCGAGUUUUAUAACUAUUUUCAUCCUCAGUGGAAUGCAUGUCCAUGAAUUUUUGUAUUACACUAUCAGUAUAGCCGAUCCGCAACAGAUCAGUUCUCGCGCACUUAUCUGUGUCACAAACUUUAAUCAUCGAAACUGGUCAAUCUACAAUCAUAUUAAUGUACUUAUUCAUCAUUUAGCACCAUUUGCUAUUCAAGUUACUGCAAUUACAUUACUUAUUAUAUCGGCUGCUAAAAGUCGUGCUAGAACUGGAAAUAAUCAAGCAACUACUUUCACUCAAAUUUUAAAAAAACAAUUCAAAACGCAAAAAGAACUUUAUGUGACACCAACAAUUAUUAUUCUUGCAGCACUACCACAAAUCAUUAUUACAUCAAGUUUUGCUUGCACUGAACUUAAUAAUGCUUGGCAACGUUAUGCUUUACUUGUCUCCUAUCUUUUCUCAUUUACUCCACAAAUAUUUGGUUUCAUGAUCUAUGUAUUACCUUCGAGUUCAUAUAAAACAGAGUUUAUCAAUACUAAAAUUGGUCGAAAAUUGUUUCGUAUAAAGACAAAUAAUCAAAAUAACAAUCGUACAAAUGUAGUAUUGGCUACGAAACAACAUGAGACUAAAUUAUGA